UGGUUAUUUCAAAAUUGAUAGGAUCAGGCCAGUAGCAUGUGGUAAGUAUAAACAUGCUGACACCAAAUGUGUAUGUGUAAUUUUAAAUUAUGAGUUCAGUUUGGAGUAACUCAACUAAGUAUGAAGAGCCCAACAGUGUUUUUCUGCUUCAUAAAGUAUAAAUUUGAUGUGAUUAGUAUUUUUAUUAGGUCUCUAGAUAAUGUUAAAUACAGAAUUAUCUUUGCAGUUCAAGUGGGCAAGGUGAUAACAAGCAUCUUGUUUCUUCACAAAAACAUUCAGAUAUCUUAAAUUGUCUAUACUGUGCUUCUGAAGCUAGGCCUUCAGUGGAAAAUACAUGAUUUGUGUUUACUGAAAGGGUACUUAGAGCUAUUGGGAUUCCAGAGACAAUUAGUCACUCUGCUCUAAGAUGCAACCAGCUGCUGUUUCAGUCAUAAUGAAGUAGUCAGUGUCUGUAAUCUGGGAGGUGAACCAAAAAAAAGGAGGUUUAUUUUCAUUUAAAGUGAAUUCAAUGGAAGGCCAGCCUGCCAGCUUAUUAAACUUGGACUACAAGCUACUUGCAGCCUGGAGCAAAGAUAAGGAGCUAUAGUAAAAACAUUGACUUUAAGCGUUCAUAUGCUUAAAGGAGACUACAGAAUAACCUGGAAGCAAAUAAACAAUAGUUAAAGCCUGAUAAAUAAAUCCCUGAAGCAUAUACCAUUUGUUAAUGUACAUCUGAGCUGAUACUGCUUGUGGAAAGAACCAGUAUUUGGUUCUCAAAUAACGUGGUGAGCAAUCUAAAGUCAUCUGCGCAACUGAAGGCUUUGAAGAGGGAAAUUUCAAAUCAAUACAUCAGAUUCCUUAGAAAAAUAUUUAAUUUACUUAUAGUAUGGUUCUCCAAGAUUUUGGUAAAUCCCGGUCAGUGAAGGUAAGUUCUAACUCAGAAUUCAUUGUUCUUAGUGCAAAUCUGCCAAUGUAUGUAGUUUGAAGUUUGUGAACAUAAUAAAACAUAUCAAUAAUUUUGGUGUUAAUCUGCCCAUAGUGGGGGAGGGGGGAAACGAUGGCAAAGGUGUGUUGUCUUAAAUUACUGAAAUACUUCUCUUCUUUCGCACGUUUCUCCUGUCAAAUGAAACGGGGAAUCUCUCCACCUUCUUGAACACUGGUGCUUACAAAACUCGAAGUUCUCCAUGCUAUUUCAAAUUUCUUUUUAAUUCCUCUGCUCUUGGAGGCUUCCAAAAAUACCUCCAGGAAAGAGAAAGAUUUGGAACAUUGGGUACAGAUGCAGAGUAUUGGUUAGUAUAGUUUAAAAGAUAACGUGAAGAUUCUCCUACCUGCUUUUAUCUGGACUGUCUGGGGUAUGCUUUAAUGAUGACUCGGAACUAGCUGGGUAAAGGAGAGGGUAUGAAGAACCUGAAUUGUUUUUAAGUUUCACCAGUUUGAACAGAAUACUUUCUAGUACAAAUACAUGGUUAUACUCCUCAGAACAUAAGUAAACCUUUUAAGACUGUAAGGUGGAAAACAGUAACUGUGUCAAUAUUACAUGCAUUCCUUUUUAAAACCUUGAGCAUGAGUGCCUGUUCUUACAUUGUGGCAGAAAAUGGCUUCUGUAAUUAGUAGGUGUAAAGGAGAGAUUGUUUUUACUUUCGUCAAGUGUUGGUGAGAUUGAGACCAGAAUAUGCGUGUUUUUUUUUUUUUUUUCUUUAAGGAUGUUAGGAAAAAUAGAGAAAGUGUGGCAAAAAUAUGAAUUAUUAAAGGAUUGAAGAAAAUACCUUCAUAGAGACAUAUUUGAAGGUCACUUUGCUUAUCUUAAAAUAAAUAAAUAAAUAAUGUCUGUAGCAGAAAACAGCAGCCAUUAAAAUGCUCUUGAUUUUGUUGUUCCAUUUUCAACUAGAUUGAAUAGCUGGAAUCUGAGAACAGGCAAAUUUGAAUGUAAAAUUAGGCCUGGAUUUAGGGUGGGUUUUUUGUUUGUUUGGUUUGGUUUCCUUGUUGUUUUAAUAGAGUGAAUAACUGUCAGAAAAAAACUACUGAGGAAAUGGCAGUUAUUUGGUGUUUACAUGACCUCAAGUUAAAGUUAGCUAAUACUAGGUUUUGGUUUUGUAAUUUUGAUAAGACAAACACAAGUUAGGUUUUUUGUUAAACCUGAAUUACUAUGCUUAAUUUAGAGAUAACAUAGUUGAAUUGUGAUGUAAAGGAUGGAUGAUGUUUAGAUAAGAUACUUCAGUAGUUUCUUUAAUUAUGAAGUGCUGUGAAUCAAUGAAAAAUCAUAUAAUCACUCUUUUUGAUGCCAUAUAGAUUUGGCUUUCUACUCUUGGAGGCAAUGUGGUGUAUUUCAUCUUGGUCAAUCAUAAUGGUCACUUCUGGGAGUUGUCACAGCAACAUAUGCUUGGGGAAUUUGACAUGAAGUAAGAAGACUGGGAAUAGGAAAAAAACAGUGAAAAGUGACAAUGAUUUCUUCUCUGCCUGCCUUUAAUGUGAUAAAACUGUCAGUGUAGCAGGGCUUUAUUUUUUUUCUUUAAAUAGAAAACUAGUUAUGGUUCCUUUGUGAUAUAGUUUCCUCCUUGGCUUGCUUGGUCAAAAAACUCUCAUUUGUUUCUUUUUCUUAUGGAAUGCUUUUGGAGAGUCUCUCCAUGUCUUCCCAAUUAUUAAUGGAGCCAAAAUUUUCCCCUAAAAAUGAACCAGCCAUGGAACGUCUUUUAAGUAUUGCAUGGUCACCAAUUUGCAAAUGUGUUUUGUGUUCUGAACAUGCAGCUGACAUCAAGCAAUCCACAAUUCUGAGCUGAAAAUAUGCUUUUAUAUCUUUAACAGGUCUACAUUUUUGUGCAGUUUUUUUAUAAAUAAAAGAUACAGGUUUUCGUGCUGUUGCUCAAUGAUGUCAGUAAUGGGAAGGUAAAUAUUAAAGGCCAGUGGGAAGGAAGUAACACCUCUGAAACAGAAAUCUGUAGCAAUUCAAACAUAGAUUUGUUUAAACAUAAAUUUUUUUUAUCAGCCCAUUAGAAGAGUGAAACUAAGUACAUUGAAGAAAUUCCAGUAAGAAUUUAUAUUCUUUAUUUUCCUUACUGCAUAUCUGUGCAACAUACUAUAGCCUAAAGAAAAAAAUUGAUUUAGAUUCUUUUGGUCAGUGCUGUUACAUGCCUUGAAAAGUUGGAAGCUACAGCGAACAAAGAUUAAUGGAAAUUAACUGUUGAGUUGGUAGAGCCAAUGGGUGAGAUGUAGUAAGAGAAAUUAGGUGAAGCCACAUAGUUUACUGAUUAUAGAGUGCAGGCUCAAAUUUAGCACAUCUGGAGUUGUAGUAGUUCUUUUCAUUUAAUCCUCAGUGAAAGAGCUCUUCAGUGAGAAGAUAUGGGAUGACUUGAUUAGCCGUUAAACACUUACAGGAAAGAAAAUGCUGACCAUUGUGGGCUUCAAUAAAUGUGUUAAUCUAAUUCAUAGGAUAUCACAUGUGCCAUGAGCCAAGGUUAUGCAUGUGGACAGUUGAUUCCGAUCAGAUAAGGGGCUACACAAGCUUGUUCUGCUCUUCCUCUGAUUAAACCCUUUGGGUUCAAAUAGAGAAAAGCCCUGGAGUUGGAAAAUGAAGAGACUGUAUAAGGGAGGGGCUAGUGUUGCAGGGCCGUCCCACCUGGGCACCAUGAACUGAGGCAGGAAUUCUUCCUUUUCCCUUUUUUAGGGUUGCCACUCUUACUCUCUUCCUUAUUACAUAUAUAAUAGCUCUAGGUGGUGACUGUAUGUGUGAAUUAUAACAAACUAAAUUGGACAUAAUUGGGUGAAAAUAAGAUGCAUGUAAAUCGGACAGAAUGCUUAACGGAAAAUGUUCUUUGUGAGGUUUCUAGGGUUAUGGGAUUUUUUUUUCGGUGGGAGUUAUGAAACUCGGUUAUCUUCUGCUUAAACUGAAAAUUGCUAGAUGUAUAAGGGAAGGCUUUCAGUAUUUCAGCUCUUGCAAAAGAGACAAGAUUUUAUUAAAGGUGUUCAGAACUGUUUAGAUAAACUAAGAUUUUUCUAAUCAAAAAUAGCGAGUGCCCAGUCUUUAAUAUUACAUCUGGCCAAAAGUGUCACAAAGAGAUCUUUGCCAAUCUCUUGUGCAUUACCUAGGUGGAAAUGGAACCUUUCAGUAUUUUCAAAAUCUAGUCUGUAAUCUGAAUACUAAUUAUUUGCAGACUUGAACCUGUGAGGUAUAAAAGGUUGUCUGCCUCCCUUCUCACAAGUCUUCUAUGCUACUGUCCACAAUUAUGUUUUGUAAUUGCAGAGAGAACAGUGUGUGUAACAGGCUGCCUGUGUAGUUAGUAUGCGUUCAUUUUCUUAAUUAAGGUUUGGUAGGUCCUUAAGUUGCUAAGAGAUUCUGUGGCCAGUAUAUUGUUAUAUCACAGAGAAAAACUAGUAGUUAGCCCUUUUGAUGUCUCUGUUCCCAGAUCUGUCUCUUCCAAUGUUGUUAUUUUCGCCAUUGCUUCUGUGGACUAGACUCUGUGCUGCUCCAACAAAAUGAUGCUAUCCAAGUAGUUCACAGUAGUUCUUAGAACCACCAGUAUGACAAACCUGCCUCCCUUUGUUGCAGUCAGAUUGCCCUAUUCAAAAGUCAGGUGGAGGUUAUAAUGGUAUCUUACAUUGAUGUGGGUGGUGGUUAACCAUGUGAGUAGUAGUAUCAUAGAUGUAGGGUGACAUUUCUUGAUCCCAGAAAGCUGAUUCUCUUCCUUCUAGUUUCCAGAAUGUGAAGGAAUUGAGAGGACAUAGGAGAAUCAAGGAUAAUGAGGGAAAGGGUAAGUGCAGGUGUCAGGAUUUAGAUGGAUGGUGUUUGAGGAUUGGAGUCCUGUCAGAAGACUUAUCAACUACCUGCACAGGAGACUGUAGUGGUCCUAAGUCUGGGUCUGUAAAUUAAAAGGAUUUGAGAUUUAUAUGUAGGAUUGUGAUUAAUGAAUCAUUUAUAAAUGCCUAUGCUAUAGCAUUGGACUGUGAACAUAUGUGUAUGUACAUCUAUAGUUAACCUUUAAAGGUUAUGUACUACUUUUAGAAAAACAGGUUUUUGGGGGGUGAGGGGACAAGUUGGUUACGCAGGUCAAAUGGAUUUGGGUCUAAAUUCCCAGGCUUUAAACAUUACAGCCGAUAGGCUGCUGGCUCUAGGGAGUGGAAUCCAUAGCUCAGUAUUGGUAGAGAUAAAGCGGAAGUGUGGUGCUGUGCAUCUGUGAUUACAGCAUUGCCUCAGAAAGGCCAGACCUGGGUCUGUCUCUGCUUAACCUAUGGCUUAUGCUUUGUGCUUUUUAGGAGCCACUCCCUCUCGCAUGGUUUUUAACCAGGUCUGGAUAAACUCAAGUGACUGUGGUAUUCUUCUAGAAGGAUGAAGGUGUGGAUAUAAAUUAGCCUGUAAAGUGGAUAAAUGACCUGUUUCUCGUACCCUACUCAAUCACUGGUGUGUUGCAUCAAUGUGGGAAGCAUGUUCUUUUGUGUUGGCCUUGCUUUUAAUAAAAGUGUUUCUGAGCCUGGUCUGCUUUUUUUCAGAGCUGUAUCCUCUCAGUAGGUAUUGGGCAAAUUUUGAACAGGCCUGCCGAACUGAUUGUCAGAUAGAGCAAUGCCUGCUCCUCAGGCUGUGUUAGCCAGGGAGAAAGAACUGAGAGAGGGUAUUAUAAGCUGCAGGAACUUGAUUGCCUGAAGGACUGCAUAUAGAUUGGCCUCGACUUAGUAGCCAAAAGGCAUGUAGGCAAGUAGAUUUGUGGCUCCUUCCCUUAUUUUGAGAUUUGUAUCUAGAUAGAAAUUAAGUCUCUGUUAAUCCAAAUGUGCUAUUUAAACUUCUAGUAAAAGAUGAAAAAACUUAUUUUUUUUGUCUAAUAAAUGCCUCUGAGGGCAUAGAAAUUCAGAGCUUUCUUAGUGCUCACAGCUGCAUAAUAUAUCUUUUUAAAACAGUUAAAUACAAGACGAGGUAGGCUAUAUGCGGAAUAAUUAUUUGGAACAAAAAGCUGUAGUGGCUUGCACCCAGCUUAAAGUCUUUGCAUGCUGUGAACCUCAAUUUGAAAAACAAAACAUCCAGAUUUAGUGGGUUUGACUCUCUUGAGUGGACAUCUAUUAUACUUGUUUGUGAACAAUACUCAUGUUUUGGAGAAUGAACUAAAAUUAAGGAUUAAGCAGGUUUGUGGGUUUUUUGUUUUUGUUUUUUACCUUUUUUGUUUCAACCAGUUGUAUCGGCAUCUUUGAGGGCCAGUUUCUCUACUGCAGUGCUGAUUUACUAAUCUCAACUGUUGGAUUCUGCUCUGUGAGUUGUUUGGAUGUGGUUGCUUUAUUGUCAGCUUUAUUUGUCAGCUGCCUCUGGCAGUCUGCUAACCAGCCCUGUGAUAAUCGGUGAAAAACUAAGAGUUGUCAGAGCUUGCUUGAAAAAAACAUGACUUAUUGGUUGAUUUAGUAAGAAUAUUAACUGGGUGACUAAGAAAAUUAAUUGUCAGUCUUCCUCCCCUAUAUUCCCCUCUUCCCCUCCCCACCCCCCUCCUUUUAUUGUGUUAAUUGUAGAGACUGUUUCUUGGGAGCAGUGCUUGAAAAAGAUUGCAAGAGUAGUAUAGUUAAGGUGAAUUGCCCAUUUUAGCUUUUGUUGUUUGAUACAGGCUGGGCAAGUAUGGAUAAAUAUGUGACAAGAUACUGAAUGAAAGUUAUACGUAAAUGAUCUCAAACUGCACGAGAGAAGAAGCUUCUGAUACCAAAUUUUGUUUAUUUUUUUCUGCAAAGUUUCUAUUGAGUUGUACCCCAAGUCUGUGAAAAGAGACAGUAUAACCAAACCACAGCUAGUGAAGGAUAUGUUUGAACUACUGCACGGUUCAUGGAACUGGGCAGUGCUUGCAGAGAUUCCCUGUGUGAGAAGAGCAGUGGAAAUAAGAGAUAACUGGGAUUACACAUUUUAGGGGAGAUUUAGAGCAAUACAUAUAACGUGAUGAGAUGUAAGACAAUGUAUGUGUAACAAACAGUUUAUUAUAAUUUGGCUAAUGAUCACAGAAACGAAUCUGGCAAUGUUAGAUAAAAGGCUGCUCAUGUUCUACUUUACUUAAACAUUAGUUUUAAGUAAUUGAAUUGUAAAUGUUUGAAAGUUUUACUUAACACAGCAAGAGUCUUCAUUGCUGCUGCCAAUUCACCUGGGAAUGAAACGCAAUGGGUCAAGAAGCUGGCAAACCUGCCUGGCCCAAACCAGCAGGAGGCUAUCAGACUAUUACAGGUAGAAGAUAUGGAAGAAGACAUGCUUAUGUCAGUUUUAGACCAUCUUUGACCAACCAAGACAGGAAUGGACACCAACUCAGUGGAGAAUGUGAAGGAUUGGAACUGGACGAUGUUCAGAAAGAGAAGUCUUUGUGUUCCAGUCCAUUGGUUCAAGUUUGUUCUCAUUUAUCGGAUGAGCCUUUGUUAGAAAAUGUUGGAACUGGAGCACCUGUUUGUCGAACUGUAUCGAGCCAAACUUUUGAGACAAACACUUCACCAUUUUCUCUAGUCUCUUACAGUCUGGAAGGCAACCAAAUGUCAGGGAGCAUUAUGAAUCCUGAUAAAAUUUCCGAGGACCUUGCAGAAUAUGCUUCUGGAGAGUGUAAUGAUUUGAAUGGCCAGAAUGGAAUUGCUUUUGUAAACAUUGACUCUUAUGAGCCAGAUAGCAGUGAUGGAGAGGAUGAUGACGGCCAAGGUAAUCUUUCCUUGGCAAAAGAAGAAGCAGGUGUAUUUCAGGAAACACUAGAUAACAUGCUUUCUGAGUUAGAAAAAGGUGUAGAGUCUUUUUCUGACUUACAGUCCCGGUUAUCCAGUCUUAACAGAAGCGUUUCUAGGGAAUGUUGCGAAGAAGUGGGACCAGUGCCUUUAGUGAGAUACUCUAACAGAGAUUCAGACUUGGCCCAUCAAAACAACAGGACAUUUAAAAAAUCUUCUGCUGAAGAUCACGCCAUACUGAAAAAUAACCUGAGUAUUGCCAGUUGUGAAACACAACAGACAAAAGAUAUAGUGGAUGUUGGAAUCAGGACCCCUAUUUGUAAUGAAUUAAAUGUCAGUGAUGGAAAGACUGACCAAGGGAAUCCACCUGAACUGGUAGUGAGACCCAAAAUUAGAAAACAAAAUCCUACAAACCCGUUGGAUAGAAAAAAGCUUCUCCCUAAUGAUGAUGAAGAGAAGAGCAGUUCUAGGAGGCAAAGUGAAAUUGCUGAAGUCCAUCAUGGCCGUGCAGAGUGUGCCUUGAGGAAUGGCAAAGAAAAAAUGAGUUCCAGUAUGUUUUUUGACCCAAGAGACUAUGAAGGUACACAGAAGAAUGCAAAAAUAGACCUAAGGAAAAAUGCAACUGCUCAGGAAAGAAAAACUGUGUUAGAUGAUAACACUUUCUGGGAUGAGUUUGAAGACUGCAGCAGACACUUCUCAAUGUCCCACAAAGAUGAAGACAGGUGUCUUCUGUCACUGCUAGUAUUGGAUGAGCCUUCCAAGUGUAUUAGCAAAUGUAGCGAUUGCUCGGAAUGCAGUGACGGAGAAUGGUCUGCAUCUCUGCCUGCGUACUUUGCUGCUACGGAUAAAGACCAGUCCUCAAGUGAUGAGAGCUGGGAGACUCUCCCAGGCAGGGAGGAACAUGAGCCUGAAGUGCAGAGCAACAGCAGUGGCCUAGAAGAGGAGAACACAGACUUCUGUUUCCAAGGAGGGGAACAGACAUCUUUGGAGGAAGGAGAGAUUCCUUGGUUACAGUAUCAUGAAGAAAUAGAAAGUAGCAGUGAUGAGGAAGAUGAUCCAGUUAGUCAUUUUGUGCAUCCUGGCUUCUUUAUGUUGGAUGGAAACAACAACCUUGAGGAUGACUCCAGCAUGAGUGAAGACCUGGAUGUGGAGUGGAGACUACUUGAUGAAUUUGGGGAUGGCCUUGGAGUCGCUCAAGCCAUUUCAUAUGUGGAUCCUCAAUUUCUCACAUAUAUGGCAUUGGAGGAACGCUUAGCACAAGCUAUGGAGACUGCUCUGGCACAUUUGGAGUCUCUGGCUGUUGAUGUUGAACAGGCUCAUCCACCAGCUAGUAAAGAAAGCAUAGACUGUCUCCCACAGAUUAUUGUCACCGAUGACCACAAUGCUGUAGGCCAAGACCAGUGUUGUGCUAUUUGUUGCAGUGAAUAUGUAAAAGAUGAAAUCAUAACAGAGCUACCCUGUCAUCAUUUCUUUCACAAACCCUGUGUAACUCUUUGGUUACAGAAGUCGGGAACAUGCCCUGUUUGUCGUCACGUGCUUGCACCCAUGCUUCCUGAAGCAACUGCUGCCACUGCCUCCUUUUUGUCUGACCAUAAUUCCUCAUCUUCUGUUCACAGCACAACAGGAACUCCGAACUAGGGUCUGAAAUGAAGUCUUGGCCACCAAAAUAAGAAUGUAAAUUUCUCCUGUUUAAUUACAAUGUGAAAACAAUUAUAUAUAAAAUAUUAUCUGUAAAAUAUUAUAUAUAGUAUAUAUUUUAGUUUAGAAAGAGGAUGUAAGACUUUCUAAACUGUUUAGGUUUACAAUAAUAGCUGAAAUUUUCAAACUAAAAGUUGGAAAAACGUGCACCCUUUUUUUGCAGUAGAAUGUUGCUGUUAACCAUAAUAUCUAAAGCUUGUAUUAUGAUAAAUUUGUCCAAAAAGAUAAUUAAUGUGGCACUUUAUGUGUUUAAGUUCUUGCAACUGCAGUGCAGUUGGAGCAUUAUUAAAGUUAUGCUUAUAACCUGUUUUACAUAAUAUAACCAAACUAUUUGUUUUUGUCAAAGUUAGUGCCACUGAGUGACUUUGUGAUUGAUCUCUCAUGUUUGCAUCAAAUGUGAAGAUGUUCUGUGAUCACAGCAGUAGCAGAAUUUGGUUUCACUGGAAAUAAAUUGCAUAAUGGAACAAUAUUUCUUAUGAGUUUAUUCCAUAAUAAACUUUUUUGAGAUGUCAGAAGUCCUAUUAAACUGCUGAUGACAUGACAGUCUGGGCUUUUCAUAAUUGCUAGCACCAUUUUUAAGCAUAUAUCCUGUCUAAGAAGUUGAAUCUGUAAGAGCUGGAUACCUGCUUCCUUCAGUUUUUGUUGAAAUUCCAUUCCACUGAUCAGCUCUUUUUAACCUUCUUUUUGUUUUUUUUCCUUUUUUUUAUAUGGGGCAGGGAUGCUUGCUUAAUGCAGAUAUAGUUAAAAUAUUUUUAGGCUCCUGGAGUCUGUCUGAAAAGUGUAGUAAGAACUUUAUGCACUUAAUUGAGAAAUACAUUGUCACAAUAUUCCUCAAGGCCAGCAGAGGGGAAUGGCAGUGGAAUAAACGGGUUAUUAGGAUGAUUAUUGUAAACUUAAGAAAUAUAAAAAUGAACAUUUCUAGUAUUUCGACUGGCUGUAAUGGGCUGUGCUACAUUUAAUAUUUUAAAGGAAAAAAGACUGUAGUUUCUAAAAUGUGCUUCUAUGAAUAAUUUCAUGUCUCUUAAUGUUUUUGCACAUACUGAAGUUAAUCUCGCGGGACAGGAAUUUGAGAUUUGCAUGUGUAUAUGCGUACUAAUGGCUGCUCAACAGCUUUUCUGUGGUCUUUGGAUAGAUAAGCAAUUCCUACAGUGUUGCUGUACAGGGACAAUGUAUGUGGGGUCAAAUCCAAACCCUACUAAAGCAAUUUUUUCCAGUUUUUCCAGUAACUAAGAGUUGAAUUAAACUCUUGAAAAGGAAAAGUGACUAAUAAAAUUAUCUUCUUGUAGCAAUUCUUGAGCUACUCAAUUAUGAUUAUGGCUGCCACCAUAGUAUCUCAUUGCUUUACAAGUAUUAGUGUGUUCUUUUAACAGCAGUAGAAGAUAUACAGUACUGAUUUUGGAGGGGCAUAUUGAAUUGUGUGACUUGUUUUGCAGUGUGACUUGUGGACUGGAGCAGAACAAAGAAUUGAUGGCAGUUGACAUGAGUCUACCCCUGAGGGUUUUCAAUUAGGUAAUUCCACACUUUGGAGUAUAAGGAAGCCAAAACAGUAGGAUACUCGUGAGAAGUGGCAGAUGUGGUUAGCACAGCUCCUUAUAAGCUUAUUUUCCUGUGGGAGAACACUGCAUUGCAUUUCACUGAAAUAGGCAUCAGCAAGACUUUGGGAAAUGUGACAAGCAACAUAUACUUCUGGGCGUAUAUCUGCUCAUUGGUGAAGUUCAUGCUAAUCCAAGAAACAGUAUUUUUCCACGUCUUUGUUACAAACCAGUGCUGCGGGGUCAUAAAGUAGUUGAUCUGUGGCUACCAAAUGCUCGAGACAAUAAAAUAGUAAUGCAGUCUAAAUUUAAAAUUGAUCCGAGGUCUGCGUGGAAUCCUGGGAUGUAUGUAGAUUUAAGAUAAGGCGGAAAUUAAGACAUUCAUAUCCCUUGCAGGAAAAAACAGCAGAAGGUUGGACUUCAUUGCUUAGUAGUGUUAACCUUGCUAUUGUGGCAGUUGUGUUCUUCAGUAGCUCUCAUCUGCAGCAAAUGCUAUGGCAGAUAUUUUAACCAGCCCUUACUGUAUAGUUUCUCUCUGGAACAGCACAAUAUGAUGGCCUUCAUUAAUCUCUUAACAGUGUUUUAUGAAGAGAUUUACUUUAAUCUCUGUGCAAGAUUUGGAAACACUCUUGCUAGUGUGUUAAAUUUUUGACUCCAAACUUAACCAGCAAGGUCAAGAGAUCAAGCAGCUGUUGUUGGGCUUUUUCCUUCCUUUGCUAUGUGUUGCUGGCCUCAGCUCUCACUUCUUUCUGUUUCUAAAAAGCUGGUAAAUAGUUGUCUAAAAGAAGAGUGUUUGGGCUCUUGGUGUGUGCUUUUUAACUUGAAUGUAAAGGUCUUGGCAGAUCUUUCAUGGCUCCUCAACAGAGGAAAUAUCAGAAGAAAAAUCUCUCUAACAAGGGAUUUGAAAAAGCAUAUGCUGGAUCAUACCCAGAAGAUUUUAAGUGAAAGUGUAUGGCACAAAAAAGGGAGAGUCAAAUGAUAAACCACUGUCCGUUUGUUGUGAUUAUUUAAUUUUUUUGGUAAAUGAUGUCAUACCAGAUUGCCAUGCAGAUUCUGUGGUUCCUACUUUGAAUCUAAAAUUGUUUGAGAUGGGCCUGGUUCUUGAAAAGGCCAUGGAAAGUAUUAUUUUUUUCUAGAACAAUAAAAGUUAAUUUUUUUUCUUUGUUCAAAGAGAAUAUUCUAGACUUUCUACAGUAAAAGAACUUUUAGCUGCAAGGAAAAAUCCUUCUCUUCCAUGUUAGGUAAAAACAAAACAUUCAACAAGAAAAAAUAAGUAAAAGUGGGGAGGAAAAAAAGGCUUGUUUCUAUUAGAGGUUUGUGUUAUCUCUGUAUGCAACAGUACAUUGGAGGUUUCUGACUUAAGUCUAAUAAAAAAAAUCAUAAAAGUGGAUACAGGAAUGACCUACUUUGAAUGAUAGUUCAGUAAUAUAAAAUUCAUUGUGCAAAAAGUAUUUUUGGUAAACUAACUGUGAGAUGUAAGCUGAAUGCAUUUUAACAUUUCAAUAAAACAUUUUCAUUCCAGA